AUGGCGGCAGCUCCGGCGGCCGGCGGUGCGGUGUGGAGCCGCGGGGCCACUAGCUUCCAGAGGAAGGCUGCUGCCGGCAGCCGCCUGGCCCCUGUGCCGGGCACUCGGCCUUCCGUUCGUCACGGGCAGCUGCUGCUGUCAAGCGGGCUCCCCUCCCUGGACUGUGUGCUAGGUGGAGGAGUAGCUGUUGGAACCCUUCUUCUUAUUGAGGAAGAUAAAUACAACCUUUACUCCAGUUUGUUGUUCAAGUAUUUUCUCGCAGAGGGAGUUGUCUGUGGACAUGACUUGUUUGUUGCUUCUGCUAAAGAGCAUCCUGACAACAUUUUAAAGGAACUUCCAGCCCCUUUGCUUGAUGAUGGGCACAGAAAUGAACUGGGAGAAGAAGCAAUGGCUGUUAAAUCUGAAGAUUUUCAGGAUUCUAUGAAAAUAGCCUGGCGCUACCGAAAUUUACCAAAAAUGGAGGCCAGCCCAACCACAACUACAAGGUUUGGCCAUUAUUAUGAUUUUUCUAAAAAAAUGCCUCCAGAACUGUUACAGUCCAUAAAAUGGCAGAGUUUUUACCUUCCUGAAGAAUUAUGUUUGCAACCUAAAAAGAAAAUAUGUAAUAUGAACAAUGCUUAUGCAAGGCUGCUUGAGUCCAUUCAGAGGAUCAUCUACCAGCAAGGGUUUGAUGGCUCUGAUCCCCAGAAAAAACAAAAGAAUAUUUUGAGGAUAGGAAUUCAGAGUCUGGGUUCCAUGUUGUGGGGUGAUGACAUCUGUAGCAGUGAUACUCCUGAAGAUAUUCAUAGCCUUACAAAAUUUCUGUACGUUCUCCGUGGCCUCCUCAGAAAAUCUUUGUCAGCCUGCAUCAUUACAGUGCCUGCUCACCUUAUCCAGAAUAAAGCAAUUAUGGAACGUGUAACAAACUUGUCAGAUAUGGUGGUUGGUCUUGAAUCAUUUAUUGGCUCUGAGAGAGAAACCAAUCCAUUAUACAAGGAUUACCACGGUUUGGUUCAUGUACAUCAGAUUCCUCGGCUUAAUAGCUUGAUCUGUGAUGUGUCAGACACGAAGGACCUUGCUUUUAGACUAAAAAGGAAGCUGUUCACCAUUGAGCGACUGCAUUUGCCUCCAGACUUGUCAGACACAGUGAGCCGCACAAGCAAACAGGAUCUGGCAGAAUCCGCCAAACUGCUGAGCUCAGGAUGUGGUGCUAUGGCCAUGGGCAAGAAGCACCUGGACUUCUAG